UAGGUGUUGGAUGUGACCUCCUGCACGCCCUUCAAUUGACUCUAUGUCGCUCCGCGCGGAUGAGCAGGCUGCCUUGCCCGGAAGACUGCUGUUUCAUGCGGAUAUGCCAAAAUCGUACGGUGCAGCUGUUGCAGCUUGCCAUUGGAGCGCAGCAGACUCAGAUCGCUCCAUUUUCCACAGGAUACAGACAGGCAACAGGGAGUUUGCAGUACCAAAACAUGAUAUGACGGAUCCACCAUGAGGCCAGAUGCGAGCAGAAUAACCUAGCAACGGGUUGGAAAAAUCUCUUCCAUGCAACAUGACGGCGAGAAAACUGCUUGUUUACAAGCUCCACCACGGCGAACGUCGACAGCGAGCGCUGCCCGAUGGCUAGGGAAGGGGGGAGAAGGAAAAAGAAAAAGAAAAGAAAACUCUGCCGGUGGAGUCAUAUCACGCUUGCAGCCCAUCGAGCUGUCGAUACGCGCAUCCAGAAGCCAAAAGGGCCUCUCUGCGACUGCCUGCGACACGCCUGCACAGGCUGAUUAACUAACACCGGCCAGAACCGUAGUGGACUGGUGGACUGGCGGACCUGGCCCGCUAAAAGCGGCAUUGGUGCAACGGUACUUCAGCUUCGCGCUGUCGGCGGCCGGCGGGCCUUGUCACUCCUCCUGGCGGCUUUUAUUUUUCUUUUUAAUUUUUGCAUUUCGCUGGACCAUCCAUACCAUGGGCUCCUUCGUUGCAGGGAUGACUCAAAAAAAUUUUUGGGCGGGAGGUCACCUUGGUGGCGGCCGAUGCUGGUACCUGGUACCGAGCCUCUGGAGCGCCACGACGUUGCCGAUGAUGUAUAUAAUACUACGCUGGGUGAUUUGAAAGCUCAUGAUUGCGUCAACUCCGGCAUUUUGCAAGCUGGGAAUACACAUAACAUAUAUAUAUGUGUGUGUGAACCCCCACAACUCCCCUUGCAGGUUUAUCGACUGCAUACAGAAGAUCAGCUUGUCUGGUCAUGUUUCCUUGACAACUGCUGGAUAUAUCGCUUCACUCGUGCUACCACCACAAGAGGCCUGCGCUGCCGAGAGUUAUAAACGCCGAAGGUCCCUCUGCGAUCUCCGUCUUUCCUGGCCCUCAUACUUUCAGCACGAAGUUAUAUAUAUAUAUUACAUAUUAUUUCACCGCCAUAUAUAAACCAGCUACUUCUACCAGCUAUAGCGAAAGCAAGGUCACGAUGGCGGCGUCUUUGGCGUCGCGAGCUGCUCCCUUUGAGCCAUGGACCAAGCGCUCUUCACUGCGAGUGGACAUCACGCUGAAAGACCAGCCUGCGUCUGGUAUCUGCUCAUAUACGACCCUCGACGCUAUUGAGGGUGAGGCAACAUUCACAGCCGACGUUGAUACUCGGUUUGAGCAGAUCUCCAUUUCCUUUGUAGGCACUUCAAGGACUCUCAUUGAGAGACCCGGAGCUGCAGGGCCGACUGUUGGACGCUCCUCUGCGUUUCACACAUUCUUGAGGCUCGUCCAACCGAUCGAUGAGUCUGAUUACCCGGAACCUCGCAUCCUCGAGGCUGGUCGCAAAUAUACCUUCCCCUUCACAUUUGUGGUGCCCGAGAGGAUGCUUCCUCAAUCUUGUUCACACAAAAUGAAUCACCCACAGGUACAACUUGCGCACACCAACUUACCUCCUUCCGCAGGCGACCCUAUGCUAGCUGGCGAUGGGAACAGUCUGCUUGAUGACAUGGUGCCACAGAUGGUUCAGAUUCAAUACAACGUCAGGGCGAAAUUGUCAAAGCACAACCCAAGCACUGGCACACUACGAACCGUUAUUGAUCAAGGAAAGAAAGUUCGAAUCAUCCCAGCCACCGAUGUUGAGCCGCCGCUGGAUGUCUCUGAAAACAGCAUCGAGUACUGUCUCCGAAACGAAAAGUCCGUGAAGAGAGGCGCUCUGCGCGGCAAACUUGGUCGCAUCGCAAUGGCUGCCGCACAGCCAAAGCCCUUCCAUCUCCCUCCCAUCCACCACCCUGGUAGCGAAGACGUUACGACCUCCGAAGAACAAGAAACCCCGAGUACCCUUGUGAAGGUGCAUGUUCGAUUCGAUCCUGCCGACGAAAACCAGAAACCACCUCGUCUUAGCACCCUCUGGACAAAGCUCAAAGUGUUUACCUACUUUGCCUCAGAGCCGUGGAAGGAUUUCGCAACCCGAGCAAAUAUGCCUAAUUGGUCUCUUAACCAUGGCAUGUAUGCUGAAACUGUUCCGCUUGAAACUCGCUGCAUCGCUUCGGUACCAUGGACAAAGCACUCUGGUGACGCAAACUCUACAUUUUGCUCUCCAGCCUCGUCAUCGAGCAAUCUCGCCAUCACUACCCCCUUAUCGUCUGCCCCUAACUCUCGUCGAGGUUCCGUCCAGUCGACUUCCUCUAUCGAUUCAUCUCAAACCGGGCCUACAGCUGCCUAUGCCGGCAAUACAUACUACACCUGUACCAUUCUCGCGCCGAUCACAUUACCUAAAACCAAGGCAUUUCUGCCUACCUUCCACUCUUGCUUGACCUCCCGAAUCUAUGCACUGGACAUGAGCCUCUCCGUCGUCCCUCCAAACACGAGCUUAACGGUGCCGCAACUCUCUAUCCGCGUCCCAGUACAGGUUGCAGGCGCAGAGAGCCUAGCCCAGGCAGUCGCCCUUCGAGGCGAUAAUGUACAGAAUACCGACUCCUUUUUCACACCAAGGAGCAUUUCACCACCACCAGCUGAAUACACAGGACGUGCUUCUUUGGGGCUAUACGGCAGGGAGCGUUCAGACACUCUGGAGUCUAUUGGCAGUACAAUGACGGCCGCCACGAUAAGGCCACCCCCAGAGUACUCGCCCUUUAGCCGGCAACUAUCGCACAGGAGAGUCGUGAGCUCCGUGUGCUGAGCACGUAUCCCUUUAAAAAAAAAAGAAAAGAAAAGAAAAGAAAAGAAAUUGAAGAAAAAGGCUCGUCACCAAUUUUUUGGUUUGUUAUUGCGUGUAUUAAUGCCUUGCCAUUGUUAAUGCCUUCCCUUUUGAUAUGUCUUGAUAUUAAUUUUUCUUUCAGUUAACCUUUAUAAUGUCUAUAUACCCCGUCCAAUCCAUCUUGGACAUGUUACAAUUCCACUCCUUAUGAAUUAUGGCCUAUUUCUUUAUGUUGUUUCAUCUUGUUACUUCCUCCGUCAUUCUAAAACUACUGGGUGGAAUUUUUGAUGGUUUCUUGGAAUCCUUUUUGAAAGAUCGGCGGCCUUCUGCGUUUAGUUCACACCGUUAUGUUUGACACGCCCCUGACGAAUUUUCCUAUACUUAUGAGCUCUAAUGUAAUAAUCAUGCGCUAGGAUAAUUUACUAUAAUUAUAGUCGUUUCAAAAAGCUCGCCACUGCGUUCCUCCCGUCACCUCGAAAUGUAGCUUCAGUAUGCAAUGCGCCUCGAACCCUUGUUCGAGAUACGUCCAUCCCACCCUCAAUGCACAGUUUUUCAAUGGCAUCCGCUUGUUCAGAAGGGACCAGCUCGUCCUUUUCCGCUGAAACAACUAGGACCUUUCUCCUGCCUGUCCCGUUUGGCCUAGUAUCAGAUAUCGAGCGUAG